GCCCGGCCGGGGCAGCCGCAGGGGAGGAGCGCCCGCCCGCCUCUCGCGCGCCCAACGGACCAGGCUGGGGCCGUGAGGUAACUGUUGGAGCCAGCGGAGCUGGGAAGCGACACCGAGUCUCCAGUCCCGAGAGGUGCCCGAGGGAAAAGGAGGCGGCAGCCAAACUGGUCCUGGAGAGAAGCCCCUUCCGCCACUCUCCUCAGCCAGCAUGUCCCGGACUCCGCCGCUCCUCAGUCCGCUCGGUGGGGACCCCGGGCCGUGGCGGCCGGCGCAGCCCUGACGGGUUGCGAGCCAGGGGGCGCCCCGAACGUGGAGGCUGGGGUCUGGGAGCACGAGCGGCCGCUGCGGUACGAGCGGAGUGUGCUGAGUCCCGUGGCCACCCCCGGCCCCAGCCAUGAGGAGGGACGAGCGAGACGCCAAAGCCAUGCGGUCCCUGCAGCCGCCGGAUGGGGCCGGCUCGUCUCCCGAGAGUCUGAGGAACGGCUACGUGAAGAGCUGCGUGAGCCCCUUGCGGCAGGACCCUCCGCGCGGCUUCUUCUUCCACCUCUGCCGCUUCUGCAACGUGGAGCUGCGGCCGCCGCCGGCCUCCCCCCAGCAGCCGCGGCACGGCUCCCCCUUCUGCCGGGCGCGCCUCUCGCUGGGCGCCCUGGCUGCCUUUGUCCUCGCCGUGCUGCUGGGCGCGGAACCCCAGAGCUGGGCUGCCGGGGCCGCCUGGCUGCGGACGCUGCUGAGCGUGUGUUCGCACAGCCUCAGCCCCCUCUUCAGCAUCGCCUGUGCCUUCUUCUUCCUCACCUGCUUCCUCACCCGGACCAAGCGGGGACCCGGCCCGGGCCAGAGCGGCGGCUCCUGGUGGCUGCUGGCGCUGCCCGCCUGCUGUUACCUGGGGGACUUCUUGGUGUGGCAGUGGUGGUCUUGGCCUUGGGGGAAUGGCGACGCAGGGUCCGCGGCCCCGCACACGCCCCCGGAGGCGGCGGCGGGCAGGUUGCUGCUGGUGCUCAGCUGCGUGGGGCUGCUGCUGACGCUCGCGCAUCCGCUGCGACUCCGGCACUGCAUCCUGGUGCUGCUCCUGGCCAGCUUCGUCUGGUGGGUCUCCUUCACCAGCCUCGGGUCGCUGCCCUCCGCCCUCAGGCCGCUGCUCUCCGGCCUGGUGGGGGGCGCUGGCUGCCUGCUGGCCCUGGGGUUGGAUCACUUCUUUCAAAUCAGGGAAGCGCCUCUUCAUCCUCGGCUGUCCAGUGCCACCGAAGAAAAAGUGCCUGUGAUCCGACCCCGGAGGAGGUCCAGCUGCGUGUCGUUAGGAGAAACUGCAGCCAGUUACUAUGGCAGUUGCAAAAUAUUCAGGAGACCUUCAUUGCCUUGUAUUUCCAGAGAACAGAUGAUUCUUUGGGAUUGGGACUUAAAGCAAUGGUAUAAGCCUCAUUAUCAAAAUUCUGGAGGUGGAAAUGGAGUUGAUCUUUCAGUGCUAAAUGAGGCUCGCAAUAUGGUGUCAGAUCUUCUGAUUGAUCCAAGCCUUCCACCACAAGUCAUUUCCUCUCUACGGAGUAUCAGUAGCUUAAUGGGUGCUUUCUCAGGUUCCUGUAGGCCAAAGAUUAAUCCUCUCACACCAUUUCCUGGAUUUUACCCCUGCUCUGAAAUAGAGGACCCAGCUGAGAAAGGGGAUAGAAAACUUAACAAGGGACUAAAUAGGAAUAGUUUGCCAACUCCACAGCUGAGGAGGAGCUCAGGAACUUCAGGAUUGCUGCCUGUUGAACAGUCUUCAAGGUGGGAUCGUAAUAAUGGCAAAAGGCCUCACCAAGAAUUUGGCAUUUCAAGUCAAGGAUGCUAUCUAAAUGGGCCUUUUAAUUCAAAUCUACUGACUAUCCCGAAGCAAAGGUCAUCUUCUGUAUCACUGACUCACCAUGUAGGUCUCAGAAGAGCUGGUGUUUUGUCCAGUCUGAGUCCUGUGAAUUCUCCCAACCAUGGACCAGUGUCUGCUGGCUCUCUAACCAAUCGAUCACCCAUAGAAUUUCCUGAUACUGCUGAUUUUCUUAAUAAGCCAAGCAUUAUUUUGCAGAGAUCUCUGGGCAAUGCACCUAAUACACCAGAUUUUUAUCAGCAACUUAGAAAUUCUGAUAGCAAUCUGUGUAACAGCUGUGGACAUCAAAUGCUGAAAUAUGUUUCAACAUCUGAAUCAGAUGGUACAGAUUGCUGCAGUGGAAAAUCAGGUGAAGAAGAAAACAUUUUCUCAAAAGAAUCAUUCAAACUUAUGGAAACUCAACAAGAAGAGGAAACAGAGAAGAAAGACAGCAGAAAAUUAUUUCAGGAAGGUGAUAAUUGGCUAACAGAAGAGGCACAGAAUGAACAGCAAACAAAUAUUGAACAGGAAGUAUCACUGGAUCUGAUUUUAGUAGAAGAGUAUGACUCAUUAAUAGAAAAGAUGAGCAACUGGAAUUUUCCAAUUUUUGAACUUGUAGAAAAGAUGGGAGAGAAAUCAGGAAGGAUUCUCAGUCAGGUUAUGUAUACGUUAUUUCAAGACACUGGUUUAUUGGAAAUAUUUAAAAUUCCCACUCAACAAUUCAUGAACUAUUUUCGUGCAUUAGAAAAUGGCUAUCGAGACAUUCCUUAUCACAAUCGUAUACAUGCCACAGAUGUGCUACAUGCAGUUUGGUAUCUGACAACACGGCCAGUUCCUGGCUUACAGCAGAUCCAUGAUGGUUGUGGAACAGGAAAUGAAACAGAUUCUGAUGGUAGAAUUAACCAUGGGCGAAUUGCUUAUAUUUCUUCGAAGAGCUGCUCUAUUCCGGAUGAGAGUUAUGGCUGCCUGUCUUCAAACAUUCCUGCAUUAGAAUUGAUGGCUCUAUAUGUGGCAGCUGCCAUGCAUGAUUAUGAUCACCCAGGAAGGACAAAUGCAUUUCUAGUGGCUACAAAUGCCCCUCAGGCAGUUUUAUACAAUGACAGAUCUGUUCUGGAAAAUCAUCAUGCUGCGUCAGCUUGGAAUCUAUAUCUUUCUCGCCCAGAAUACAACUUCCUUCUUCAUCUUGAUCAUGUGGAAUUCAAGCGCUUUCGUUUUUUAGUCAUCGAAGCAAUCCUUGCUACGGAUCUUAAAAAGCAUUUUGAUUUUCUUGCAGAAUUCAAUGCCAAGGCAAAUGAUGUAAAUAGUAAUGGUAUAGAAUGGAGUAAUGAAAAUGAUCGCCUCUUGGUAUGCCAGGUGUGCAUCAAACUGGCAGAUAUAAAUGGCCCAGCAAAAGUUCGAGACUUGCAUUUGAAAUGGACAGAAGGCAUUGUCAAUGAAUUUUAUGAGCAGGGAGAUGAAGAAGCAAAUCUUGGUCUGCCCAUCAGUCCAUUCAUGGAUCGUUCUUCUCCUCAACUAGCAAAACUCCAAGAAUCUUUUAUCACCCACAUAGUGGGUCCCCUCUGUAACUCCUAUGAUGCUGCUGGUUUGCUACCAGGUCAGUGGAUAGAAGCAGAAGAGGAUAAUGAUACUGAAAGUGGUGAUGAUCAAGAGGGUGAAGAAUUAGAUACAGAUGAUGAAGAAAUGGAAAACAAUUUAAAUCCAAAACCACCAAGAAGGAAAAGCAGACGGCGAAUAUUUUGUCAGCUAAUGCACCACCUCACUGAAAACCACAAGAUAUGGAAGGAAAUCAUAGAGGAAGAAGAAAAAUGUAAAGCUGAUGGGAAUAAACUGCAGGUGGAGAAUUCCUCCUUACCUCAAGCAGAUGAGAUUCAGGUCAUUGAAGAAGCAGAUGAAGAGGAAGAGCAACAGUUUGAGUAAAAGAAAAGUCAUAUUGAAGAAGCCCAGAGGGCUGUGCCCAGGGGCAGAAAUCAUUGCCUAGUGUUCAUCGGCUGACUCUCAACUGACCAUUCCCACGUGGACAGGCCUUAAUACUGUGAGAGGAUCCUUGCUCUGCUGGCAGUUUCCCACUCAUAUGCACUUUCACAGGAACUAGAAAACUAUUCUUAAACCAAAAAUACCAUCCGUGUUGACCCAUGUUGCCCUUAAAUCCUUCAUUGGUGUAUGAAUACUUUGUCAUAAUGCUGCUUUGCUGGGUAGUGAGCUCUUAUUUUUUAUUUGGGGUUAGCUAUAACUAAAAACUCAAGUGACUUAUUUCAGUUCCAAAGCAGCCAGAACUUUUUGCUUUUAUGAAAAUAGAUUCAUAUUGUAUUUCCCAGUGUGUCUUUUAUGUCUUUCUUUGAAUGUUGUAGAGUCUAUGCCUGUCUAAAAAUGAAUCCAGUGUUGCCUUUCUGAGGGAUUUCUGCUCAAUGCAAUACACUGUUCAGUGCUAUUCUCCCAGCUAGGUUUAUCCAUGAAGGACCGAGUGACCUUUGUUAUAUUUAACAAAAUCCAGGUGCAUCAAUUUCUGAUGCUUUUUACUAUUGUGUAUUAUCUACUAUGUGUGUUUUAUUUCUGCUGAGAGUAUUCAGGUUUGCCAUGGACAUCAGAAGUUUGAAUUCCAGUCUUAUGUUCCAUGGCUGAAUUUUAAAGCUGUUUAGGUUUAACAAUGAAGAGAUUUAUUCUUUAGUUAGAAUUGUUGUUUUUACUCUAGCUCAGGAUUCGUAUUUUUAAAGAUUUAGUUAAUAUAAACACAGCACAGAUUUGUCAGAAGAAAAAAAAUUUACCGUAAUACCAAGGUUAACCUUUUAUGAAAUGAGCAACAUUUUCUCUUCUUAGAUGAAUUUGAAACUAAUUAAAAGGAAAAGGAGAUGUCUGUCUUUUGCCUUAAUGCAUCAAAUAAAACUAAUCUCAUCAAAGAUAAAAAAAGAAAUAUAGUAAGCCCUAAAGGACACAUACAUUGAAUAAAUAAUUGGAACAUGUGGUUAUCUUUAGAUCCACAUCUUAGCUGUCAUUUGUUUACUCUAAAACUGAUGUUCAUCUCUCUGUUAAUUUCCCUCUGCCUCAAGACUACAUGACAGAAAUGACCUAUCACUACUUAUUAUUUCUGAAGCCCAACUGCAAGACUAAUUUCUGAGAACAAGUAAAGAUUGGAAUACUUAUUUUUCAUAUAAAAAUCUAAAUAUGUUAAUAAAUCAUUUCAUACAAAAGUACAUUAUUAAAUAACCACAUUAUUAAAAUAAUUGCAAGAAAAUGGACCAUAUUUACAAUGUUUUGUAAACUUGCUAGUGUGUGGAUAUGUACCCUACUUGUGAAAUACAUUUGAAGAUAUAAAGAGAGACAAAAUGAUGGCAAAAUGGCAGGCUAAUAUUUUCUGUUAUUAUUGGAGACCAUGUCAUAUUUUGGAUUCAUGCAAUUUUGCACACAAUGAAGCCAUUAAUUUUCCAAGGUAAUUCCUUUAGAAUAUGGUAUUGGCAUGCAGUUUCUUACUUAUCUAGAAAUAUUUGGCUUAUCUGAAAGAUAACAAUUUAAGAUCUCUGGAAGUGUUAGAAUUUUUGAUCCUUCACAGUGUCAAUAUUUAAUGAAUCACUAAGCUUUAUUUAUUAGACAUGUUGAGUGAGUGCCGAGUUCCUUGCUGCCACUUUUGUUACCAUUGUCACACACUAUUUGUAAACCAGUCCCACUACUUAAUACUAAUUAAUAAAAUUUUAACUGAUAAUUUA